UAUGAAUAAAAUAAAUCGGCCAUUAAAGAAAGGAAGAAGAAAGGGUUUGUGGUUUGUUCGCAGUUGCAGAGAACUGUGUGGGCGUAGUCAUUGAAUCUUCUCUCAGAAGCCACAAAAGUUCAUCGAAAAGCAGAGAGAUUGGAGAUUUUAUACAUUUUUUUUCAAGAUUCAGUGAUCUUUCUUUGUUUGCGUCUCUUUCAAGCUAAUCGAUCUCGCGUUUUGGGAGUUUUUUUUUUUCUUUUCUGUGCAGGUUUCCGCCAUUAAUUUACAGGUUUCUCACGAGAUAUCCUCCCUUUUCAACCUCUCUUUUGUUUUCUCACGGGAAAGCGUUCUUAAAGCGUCCGGUUGAUUAGUCUAUAUAAGCUAUUGCUUGUUUGUGUUGUUCCUCUGUCGGAGCUUGCUGCUCUAAUGGCGGAGGAGAAGAAGCAGAUCGAUUUGAGAAUGAGAAUGAGGAGUUUUGUUGUGAUUUUUAUGUGUUUUGUGCAAUGUGGUAGGUUUUCGGAUGCGAUUUUGGAUCCGAUUGAUUUUCUGGCUCUGCAGUCGAUUCGGAAGGGUUUGAAGGAUUUGCCUGGCUCUAAUUUCUUCGCUUCCUGGGAUUUCACGGCUGAUCCUUGUAAUUUUGCCGGUGUUUUGUGUGAUUCCGAUCAGGUUGUUGCUCUGAACCUCGGCGAUCCACGCGCUGGUUCGCCUGGUCUGGUUGGCCGCCUCGAUCCUGCCAUUGGCAAGCUCUCUGCGCUUGCGGAGUUCACCGUCGUGCCUGGUCGGAUCUUUGGAGCUCUGCCGCAGUCUCUCUUCCAAUUGAAGAACCUCCGCUUUCUCGCCAUCAGCCGGAACUUCAUCUCCGGAACUCUGCCGGCGAAUCUCGGUGAGCUUCGGAGCUUGAGGACACUGGACCUCAGUUACAAUCAACUCACCGGAGAAAUUCCUCGCUCCAUCGGGAUGAUAACGGAGCUAUCCAACGUCAUUCUCUGCCACAACCGCCUCACUGGUUCAAUCCCUCUGUUUCCGUACCGUAGCUUGACGCGGCUUGAUCUGAAGCACAACAAUCUCACCGGAUCUCUCGGCCCCGAUUCUCUCCCUCCUUCUCUCCAGUACCUCUCUCUCUCAUGGAACCGCCUCACCGGCCCCGUCUUCCGCCUCCUGAGCCGCCUCGACCAGCUCAACUUCCUCGACCUCAGCCUCAACCAGUUCACCGGGGCCAUUCCGACGCGGAUCUUCAGCUUUCCGAUCAUCAGCCUCCAGUUGCAACGAAACCUCUUCACCGGUCCAGUCCUGCCGAUUGAUCAGGUCGCGAUCCCGACCGUCGAUCUCAGCUUCAACCGCCUCUCCGGUCCGGUGUCGCCGAUGUUCUCCACCGUGCAGAAUCUGUACCUGAACAACAACCGCUUCACCGGCGAAGUUCCGACCAGCCUUGUGGACCGAUUACUGGCCGCCAAUAUACAAACACUGUACUUACAGCACAAUUUUCUGACCGGAAUCGAGAUCAAUCCAACGGCGGAGAUUCCUCUGAGUAGCGCAUUGUGUUUGCAGUACAAUUGUAUGGUGCCGCCGAUACAGACGCCGUGCCCGGAGAAGGCCGGGAACCAGAAGACCCGCCCGACGGAGCAGUGCGGCGAGUGGAGAGGGUGAAAUUUGGAAAUUCACAUACUCUAUCAGGGGCAUAAAUGGAAGAAAGUAAUUAAAGGACAAAACAAAA